GCGCAGCUCUAUGGUCGCCAGGUGCGGUUGUCUCCGUGCUCGCCCCCCCCGCCUCGCGGUGUCGGCGGCGCUGCGCAUGCGCGGGAGGUGGCCGCUCCAUAGCAACCGUCGCGGUAACGGUAGCAGUGGCGAUGGCGAAAGCAACAACUAUCAGAGAAGCUCUAGCCAAAUGGGAAGAAAAAAAUGGCCAGAAGGCUUCAGAGGCAAAGGAGGUGAAGCUGUAUGGUCAGAUUCCUCCUGUAGAGAAGAUGGAUGAAUCUCUCUCCAUGCUUGUUAACUGCGAGAAACUGUCGCUGUCUACAAACUGCAUUGAAAGAAUCGCCAACCUGAGCAACCUAAAAAAUUUGAGGAUUCUGUCUUUGGGAAGAAAUAACAUAAAGAACUUGAAUGGAUUGGAGGCAGUUAGAGAGACGUUAGAGGAGCUGUGGAUCUCAUACAACUUCAUCGAGAAACUGAGGGGUAUCCAUGUAAUGAAGAAGCUGAAGGUUCUUUAUAUGUCAAAUAAUUUGGUGAAAGACUGGGCAGAGUUUGUGAGACUGGCAGAGCUGCCAUUACUAGAGGACCUGGUGUUUGUAGGCAAUCCACUGCAACAGAAAUUCUCCUCUGAUCAGAACAGCUGGAUUGAAGAAGCAACCAAACGGGUACCCAAGCUGAAAAAGCUGGAUGGUGUCCUACUUAUUAAAGGAGAAGAAGAUGAAGAAGGAGCAAACUGAUGACACUUUCUUGUUGGAGCUUACAUAUGCAGUGAUUAUAUUGAGAGCUGCUGAGGAAGUAUGAGAAGAGACCUGAGAACCAGCAGAUGACUUGGGUUACACUAGAAGUAGACCAGAAAACCCUUCAAGCAAGAGAGCACUUCUAACAUCCCCUUGGGCUAUCUUUUGUAUACAGUAAUUUUGUAGCAUGAUGAAGCUGUUAAACUUGCUGUUUUUAAAUUAUAUAGGCCUAUGUUUAUAAAUGUUAUUCUGUGAAACUUGUUUAAAAAUAAUAUAACGUUAUUUUAUACAAACCUGUUUGGCUGUUGCGUAAUUAAAUAGUUCAGCUUGUGGAGAGCAUUCAGAAACUGAAGUUUUUUCUCAUUAAACUUUCCUAGCUGCUCAGGGAGCAAUGUAUUUAUAGUAUGAGAGUAUGUAAAUGCUGUUCCUAUUGCCUCUAUAUUUUAGAAUAGAAAAUAACUUAAGUCUUUUAAAAUGCUGAUAUAUUGUGAUUGUUGUCAUCUGAGACAUAAGUAUUUUUCCAUCUUCUAAGAUGCUGUUUGUCAGACUUUGUUCUUAGGUCCUAAGAGAAAAGUGUACUACUGCUAUAUAGGGAAAAAAUCCAAGUAAGUUAAAUAAAUGGCUAGACGUUCUUCAGUACAAGAUUAAGUUUUGUUAACAGCAAGAUACUAUCAAUUCCAUUAAGCCUGGACAAGAGAAGGCUGACUCAUUAAUAAACUUCUGUAAUAGAAA